CAGCAAGCAAGGAGUUAACUAACCAGCCCUUUAAAAGAGGAAAUGAAGGCAUCCACUCUCUGAUUGCACUGACAGCCGCUGCAGAAUUAUGACUAAAAGCAGAGAAGUUUCAAGGAGCGUCCAGCUUUGGAGCUGAUUUACUUUUCUCUUGCUGCUUUUGAAGAUUAAAAUGCUGCACAAGAUAGCUUUGCUGGCCACUGUUACCAUUUUGGGUGUGCUGGAACAAGCCUAUUUUGCCAUUCAGGUGAUCGCCUUUCGGCGGAAGUUCAAAGUCUCUCCUCCCAUCACUUCAGGCCCACCAGAAUUUGAAAGGAUCUUCAGAGCCCAAGUAAAUUGCUCAGAAUAUUUCCCAAUAUUUCUCUCACUCUUAUGGGUGGCUGGAAUCUUUUCCCAUCAAGCUUUGGCUGCAUUCUGUGGACUAAUUUACCUCUACGCUCGCUAUCAGUACUUUAGAGGAUAUGCACAUUCUGCUGAAAGAAGGUUGGGCCCCAUGUAUUUCAGCACCGGAGUUCUUUGCGUUCUUAUCGGGCUGUCCGUGGUGGGAUUACUUGUCCAUUUUGUCCGACGCUUUUGAUUCCUUAAAAGUGCUUCUAAAUCAGCCAUCCAUCCCUUCCAACUGACAAAAAACUCAGCAAUUACACCAUCAUUCUCAACUUUCGUUUCUCUUUUUUCCAAAUUAAAAUAGUUUUGUACAUCAGCUUUUUAAAAAUAUAAUUCUGUAGUAGUGUAUUUUAGUUUACUGUUAAUGUUCUUAUGGCUUUCACCACAGUAGUAUCAUUAUACUGUAUCUAUUUCCUGUGGUAGAAAAGAAUAUUUAGAUUAUAACAGAUUUAGAUUUACAAGGUAGGAUUCUGAAUAAUACAUGUUGUACUGUUAGGCUAGUCUUUUUUUGAUGCUUUGAACAAGGAAUAUGGAACAGCAAGAGGGCCAGUGGAGGUCUGGAUUGAAUGCAGUUGGAAUCAAAGUCUUGUAUUAAGGAUGGGAUCAGGUCUGCUAAAAGACAGAAUUAGGUCUGAAUCAGGCCAGCUUGAAAUUAUUGUUAGGAACCAUGGUUGAAACCAAAGUUUCUUUUAAAGAGCCCCAAUUGGGCUUUUCUCUGUUCAGAAAAGACACACUGAGUUGCAAAAAUAAGGUUGUGUAUGAAUAAGAUUGAUUGAUUGAUUGAUUGAUUGAUUAUAUUUAUUCGGUCAAUGACCAGCAAAAGUAUGAAUAAGUUCGUGGAAAGGUUUGGAGGAUAAGACAUCAGAGAAAUGCUUUAUAUGGUGAGAUACUAUUUUGAGGUUUGAAGCAAGCCCAAGAAAUAUUGCAACUACUUUCCUCAUAAUUAAAAAUAUCAAUUAAACCCACACAAUUUUCCUUUGUUUAUAGCACCUUCUAAUCAUGAAAGAAUAUAGCAAUUGUAAGAACUUAAUAGACUUUAUAAAAUCAGAAUAUAGCCAUACUGAUUUACCUAGUUGCUGCUUAAAUGUAUUGAAUUUUUUGUGGUUGAUUAGUUAUGUGCUAUCAAGUCAGUGUCAACUCUUAGUGACCACACAGAUUUUCUCCAUGAUGAUCUCUCCCUAACCUGGUCCUUCUUACUUGUUAUUGGUUUUCUCACAUGAUUGUAUUUCAAUGCUGCACUCUGUUACAGAGGAAAAUGUUCUCUCUUAUAUGAGACCAAAAAAGUGUGAUUUGACUCAAAAUUGUACACAAUUUCUAUAACAGUGGACAACUGCUUUAAUUGGUUUUGAUAUAUAUUAGUGACAAUAUAUUUUGACAAUAGUCAUCUUAUAUUUUGCUUUUUUUGUUGCAUUCUAGAUUUAUUUUAUUCUAAUUUCUAAUCUUAAACCAAAGGCUUCUGAGGCUCCAACUGAAAGGUAUAGUCCAACCUAGAUAAAUUUAACUUAAUGCCACAAAGAAAAUGCUUGGAGUGGGCAAUUUUAUGUCUUAGCAGAAGAGUCUAGAUAUGAGAAUAAGUAUGGAACCUAGGAAAUGAGUAAGAUUUUGGUCCAACCAUCAAUUGGUAUGUCACCUUAUUGACCAACCCUGUGACGUAUCCAACAGCCAAUGAAAAGCUAAAGUUGAAGAGGAUAGCCAUUAAUUUUCUCAGGAUGGGACUGCCUAAUGGAUACAGGAAAUACUACCUCCUUGAGAAUGGAAUGUUUUCCUGCCUGCUUAAAGAGGCAGUUAAAAGACUUUUAUUGAAAAAAUCCUCCCUUGACUGGGAAAAUCUCUAUAGUUAAAGGCUUCUAGUCUCUGGACUAGAACAUUCCCAAGGAGGUAUGUUUGGCCCACUCUCUCCCAGUAUUUAGGAAAAUACUCUUUUACCAUACCUUUCAACUAUUAAGCUGAUUUUGUCUCCGUUAUAAUUCUAAUUGUCUUGAUUUUAUUCUUAUCUUUUCUCUUUUGUAUUUUUAUUGUUAUAAAACAGUUAAAAGCUUGGGAAUUGUAGGUACUAUUUAACUAAAGCUUGAUCCCAUGUAACUGGGUGGAUCCAGUCUAUGGUGGGGGAGGAGUCAGGCCCUAGGAUGCUCUGUUAUGGAGACACAUAGGGGCUUAGUCUUCUUCCCUAUCCUGGUUACUACCACAUGAAGUCGGAAGAAGUCAUGUAAGUUCAGGAUGUGGUAUCAUCAAUACAUUGACGAUCCCCAGUUGUACAUCUCCAUUUUAGGCAAAUGGAAGAUGCAGAAGAUGUCCUGACCAGUGUCUGGAGGCUGUCAGGGUCUGGAUGGGGAGAAACAGGCUCAGAAUCAACCAAAACAAGUUGGGGUGGCCGCUAAUUUAGAAAUUAAUGGUUUCUGGGAUUAUAACAUUUUUAAGCUUACUGAAGUUGUGUUGCCACAGAAGAAGCAGACUGGCAACCUGGGAGUCCUCCUGAAUUCAUAGCACCUACUAGAGGAGCAGUUGGAUGCCAUGGCAAGGAAAGCCUUUGCUUAGCUUAAGCUAAUGUACCAGUGUAGUGGUAGAGGUCCUACUGGAAGAUUGGCAAGGUAGAAAUGGACAGUGAUGUGUGCCAAAUUCUAUAUUUCCAUAUAAUAGCUGCCCAGUGAAAUAUAUUUGAGUAUUCAGCACACUAGAUCAGUUAACUUCAAUAUCUAUUUUGUUUAUCUUGUCUCAUCCUUGGCAUGCAACUGGUACAACCCUCUCCAUUCUUGGCUAAAACCGCCUGGUGUAAACAAGGCACUCCUUGCCCUUAAUGUGGCCUUGUUCUUGGCCUAGAUAAGCAAAGCCUUUCAAGGAUAAGAAAAGAUAAACUUCUCCUUGUUCUUGGCAAGAGCAGGUGGACAUGCUGAUAAGAUACACCAAUCCACCCUGUCCUUGUAGAGAUGAGCAGACAUAUAUAGGUGUCAUUAUUACCUAUGGUCUAUAUAAACCAGUCAGAAGUCCCUGUAGAGUGGAACUUCAGAGCAGACCUAACUAGGGAGUUGCUGUACACUUGUUGGCUUGAAGUUUCCUGACUGGCAAAAGGGGUGCAAGAUUUGUAUUUCUUAGAUAUUAGUAUUAUACUCUUUGUAAGAUUUCAUUGUUUCUUAGAUGAUAGGAUUAUACUCUUCAUAAGCUGUAUUUGAUUGUUUUUUUCCCUUGUUUUUCAUAUUGCCUUGGAAUAAAGCCUUUACCCAUA